UCGCUCGCAGCUCUACACUGACUCCAUUUUGUGAGGGGCUGUUCGCACAGGCACGACACAUUCAGAGAAGAAACAUCAGGUAACGUUAGAGCGAUUCAGCAGCAGUUAAUGAGCGCUCUCUGGAUGUGGGUUGUGGCCUCGAGCCAUUAUUGUUGCAGAAAUGCGAGGAUGAGCGGGUGUCGUAUUUUCAUCGGUCGAUUAAACCCCUCUGCUCGAGAGAAGGACGUCGAGCGGUUCUUCAAGGGUUAUGGAAGAAUCAGGGACAUUGACCUGAAAAGAGGCUUCGGAUUUGUAGAAUUUGAUGAUCCGAGAGAUGCUGAAGAUGCUGUUUAUGAGCUUGAUGGUAAAGAGCUCUGCAAUGAGAGGGUGACCAUUGAACAUGCCCGUGUCCGUCUGCGUGGGGGCCGAGGCCGUGGUGGUGGUGGUGGUGGAGGACGUUUUCCUGGUCGGUAUGCUCGUGGCUCCCAGGACAGUCGGAGGAAUCCUCCACCAAUGCGCACAGAGAAUCGCCUCAUUGUGGAGAAUUUGUCGUCGAGAGUCAGCUGGCAGGAUUUAAAGGAUUUCAUGAGACAAGCUGGAGAGGUUACUUUUGCAGAUGCCCAUCGGCCAAAGCUUAAUGAGGGUGUGGUUGAGUUUGCUACUCAUAGUGAUCUAAAAAAUGCCCUGGAGAAGUUGUCUGGGAAGGAGAUCAAUGGAAGGAAAAUCAAACUUGUUGAGGCAACCAAGAAAAAAUCCAGAACUCGGUCUCGUUCAAAUAGCUCAUCCCGUUCUCGUUCCCGAGGGCGCUCCACUUCACGUUCUCGUAGCCGCUCCCAUUCCCACAGCCCCAAAUCACAUAACCGCUCAAGAAGUCGGUCCCGUUCGGCCAGUGCUUCUCCUGUGCGGCCCAAAGAAGCACCACGCGCUGAAUCAGUGUCACCGCCGCCCCCAGCACAGCGCCCCCCACCGUCCCGUUCCCCGUCUGCCGACAGCCGUCACUAGCCGGCGCUGCCCUGAUUGCUGAGGAAAGCGUCUGUGGUCAAACACUGCAAGAGGCUGAAGUUAGCAAUAUUGUCCCAUCCUUGACCAGUUUUGGUCCCAAAAGUGGAGGAACAGCCUCUCUCCAUGCCAGGAGUUUCACAGCACGGCCUCUGUUGCUACUUUGGAAGGUAUCUGACAGGAGAGUCACUUUAAAUCAGGAAUAUACUGCUGUUUUGUUGAAGUUCAUGUCUGAAAUGGGUAUUUUGUGGUUGUUUGAGUGAUGUUGAGAGAGUCUUAAACUGUUUAAAUAUAUUCAUGGACAAGCCAGUAAAUGUGAUAGUUUUUAGUAAGUUUGACCCUUUGUUGUGAGUUGAAAAUAUUUAAGUAGGGCUUUAUGAAUAAUACAUAGUAUGAAUCAUGAUACAGAACAAAGGAGCGUUUAUUGCGUCAUGAAAAGCUGAUGGUAACAUGAAUUUCAAGUGCAAGAACUGCCACAUAUGAGGAGCAAGGCCAGGCAUUUCAUACCCAACAAAUAAAGUAAAAUGAAGUUUCUAACACUUUGCAGGUCUUUCAACAUUUUACAAAACAGCCUGUGCUGUUUGGGCCAACUAAGUGUUUAUUUUUGUUACCUCAUGAAUAUAUGUGUGAACUGUUUGUAAUGUGGAUGCUUGAAUUAUAAUCAAAGAAUUAUCUAAGUUCCCACCACGCCGCAUGAAAAAAUUGUACUAUAUACAAGCCUAAUCAUAUGUAUGUAUUUAUUUCUCAUUCUGGAUACACAUUUCAAUGUUGCAUUUGUUUAAGUAAUUAUGCUUUUUUGCAAUGCAUUUUUCUUUUAUUUAACAAAACAGGGUUAGAUUUGAAUAUGGCAUAUUUCUGAUGUAUCACGCUUUUGAGUAUUGAUGUGCAAAUCAGGCAAUGUCAGGUUUUGUCUGGAUAUGUUUUGAUGCAUGUGUUACUUUUCUGUACCAUGGUACAAAUAUUACACAUGAAAAUGUUUUUGAACAAUUAUAAAGUUUGUGUAGCACUGUUAAAAAAUAAUAAACUACUGAAAAGCUGUUA